AUUUUCGCCUGUAAUCUGAUUACCAGCCUGAGCUGCUUUAGCAUGCAGCCUAUUGCGAUGCAUGCACUGUAUUCCCUAAGCCCAUCGAUAGCUUGACAGCUUCAGUCUGUUCAGGACUGCUAGUAGGAAUCUCUACACACUGCCUUGUAGGCAGGCCUUGUGCUGCAUCUAUACUGGUUGAGGAAUAGCUGCUACCUCUUUUCCUGUUGUUGGCAUUUUCUCCCUUAUUGCAACAAUGUUCAGGAACCCCUGGAUCUCUAAUUACGUCGGCGCUAUGAAGUAUUGUGGACAAGGUUUUGGAAGUGAGACUCCAGUCAAACUUGGGAAGCCAAGACUAUUUCAGAAGAGAGCAUUAAGUUUUCAGAAAGAAUUUUCUUUUGAAGACAAAGAAGAAUUUGCAAAGAGUACCAGAGAUAUUGAUGCUAAUAUUUUGGCAGUCCUUCCAAAAGUUUCAGAACUAAGGAAACGUUUUGAACCCGACUGCUCAGCUGUGUUGGAAAUGAACAGGAAAGAGAGAAUUGCCAGGCGGUUAGAGGGGAUUGAGAGUGACUCCCAGCCAGUCCUGUUACAGAGCUGUGCUGGGUUAGUGUCUCAUCGCCUGCUUGAAGAAGACACUCCACGAUACACUCGGGCCUCUGAUCUCUGCAGUCCAUGCGCAGUAGUGAGAAGGUUUAGUAAGGAAGAACUCGAGAUCCCGGAGACCACCCAGGUCACUGCUUCAGAGAGGAUGUCCAGAGCUAGAUGUCGACCUGAGCCUCAAGCGGGCCUCACGGAGUCGACGUAUAGCUCCGGAGCCCUGGACACCGCGGGCCUGGAGUCCAAGGCCGAGAGGAUAGCCAGGUACAAGGCGGAAAGGAGGCGCCAGUUGGCCGAGCGGUACGGCAUCUCUCUGGACCAGGAGCUGGACGUGGACUACUCGUCCCGGUACGCACGCGUGCGGAAGGAGCCGGACCCGGCCGAGAGGCGCCCCCCAGCGGAGCCCAACGAGCAGCAGCGCCAGCGAGACGAGGAGGAGAGCCGAGAUCUGAGCUCCCUGUACAGCACCCGAACGGGACUCGCGAGAGAGUCGAAACAACAGGCGCCCUCCGGAGCGAACGCUUCCCGAGAGGCGGCGGCGGACGGCUUCUCGGACCGGGAGAAGGCGAUGAAUUUGGAGAAUUACAGGCGGGCCCAAGACAGGAGUGCCACGGCAGGGCUGUAUGAUCAGUCAUCCUUUGCGGAUAUUUCCACCUCUGCCAAGGUGCCAGGAAAGGAGCUCUCCCUUACUGGGGUGCCAAGCUCUCCUCAAGCUGGACGCCGCUCCUCCCUUCCAUCUCCAAAGCAUGGCAUAUCUCCUGGUGACCUCUUCAUUGAGCAACAAGCCCACAACAUUCUCCACAGACAAGGCCCUGUGGUAAAACCAAAGAGCGAUUGGUUUCUUCAGAAAGAUUCAGAAGGCGAGACACAAUCUCUUAUCAACUGGCCCUCCAGAAUUAAAGUUAGAGAGAGACUGGCGAAAGAGGAAGGUGUGCGAGGAAGCCCGGAACUUGUCAAAGAAACGGCAGCUUCCAGGAGACAUCUGCAGGUGUCUGCUCCUUACAUGCGUGUUCAUGACUCCUGCGCUUUCGAUAGGGUGGCCCAAGCUCACCCUAGCCCUGCUCGCCAGCCGGCCUAUGGAUUCGUCCAGCCUGCUGGCCAGGCUCAGAGUGCCAAGUCUGUAACAGCGGGGGAGACGGAAGGUGGCGGUUGUCAGCGCAGUCCCUCGCUCCCAGUAAGCUCUGCAACAAAAGCAGAGGGCACCCGUGAGGAGGAGCCUGAUGGAUGGUUCAGUGGAGAAUAUAGCCAUGGGCGCCAGUCAGAUGAUAAGCAGACAGUCAGAACUGAGGGCCUCCUGAAGAGCAGGAAGGCAGUCCUGCCUUCAGAAAUCCGCAAGAGGGAGAAGAAUCGGGAGGAAUUUCACAGCCCGCGAGACGACGAAGAACCCGGAGCCUCUUCCCACUCCGCGCACAGGCGACGUGCUGAUUGGGAAGAAGUCGGGUCUCCAUGGCAGGCGGUCGAUUACCAGAGCAGAACAAAAGAAGGCCCACAGAAAAGCGAUGCUGCCGCGUGUCGUCAAAGGGCAUCGGCACUGGCUCCAGCAAGGCACCGGAGUCCGGGCCGGGAGGUGUCCACAGCCAAGCACAAGAUGCUGACCCGUUCGAUGUCGGACUUUGGGGUGGCGCCAGGGGCGCCGGUCUUCAAAAAUCUAGAUCGGGAUCCAAACCGAGAGAUGGUGUUCUACGGUUCUGAAAGUAGCGUGCCAAAUGGAGACCUCAGUGCAGUAGAUACAAGGGUGUCUGUUGCACAGCUCCGCCAUACUUAUCUGGAAAGUGCCAAUGCCAACAAGAAGCAAGAACUGGAGGCUAAGGUAGAGCUGGCAACAUCGGGUCUCGAUUCGGCUGGCAAAGCUGAACGGGAAAGGGGCACCCGGAGGCCAAGGCGCUAUAUUUCCCCGGGAGAAAGUAGAAAGACCUCUGAGAGGUUUAGGACUCAGCCUAUCACUUCAGCAGAACGUCUGGAGACCGAUAGGUCAUGUCUGAGUCCUGAGCUACAGAAUACUGAAGUGGAUGAAGAGAAGCUAGAUGAACGAGCAAAGCUGAGUGUAGCUGCCAAGAGGUCACUUUUCAGGGAAUUGGAAAAAAGCGUUGAAGCGUCGGCCGGACCUAAACCGCGUUCCCGGAACGCCGCGGUAGAAAGGAGGCUGAGGCGUGCCCAGGAUCGCUCACGCACGCAACCCGUCACCACCGAGGAAGUCGUCAUUGCAGCAACUGUACCUGCUUCGUCCUCACAAACUGUGACUGUCCACACCACAGUCGCCAGAAUCCCUAGCCCCACUGUAGUAAGCACUUCUGUGCACAGCACCAGCUUGCAAGCAUCUUCACACCAGAGCGCUUUAGCCCGAGAGCAGGCGAGGGAGACCGGGGAAACCAAGAAAACCAGCGACGAGCAGGAGUCGGAGGAGCCCGACCUGUCCACUCUCAGCCUGGCGGAGAAGAUGGCUCUCUUCAACCGCCUGGCACAGCCUGCCACCAAAGUGGUGUCCAGGGCCAGGACCGACAUCCGGCAGAGGAGAGCCAACGCCCGCUACCAAACGCAGCCCAUCACCCUGGGAGAGGUGGAGCAGGAACUAGUACCUAAAAGCCCUUCUCCGCCAACCAGUGAAACUUCCGAACACCUGCAGAGAACGUUAUACUCGGUUCACCUGCAGAAUGGAGGAGGUGGAAAGCUAGGACCUUUGUCAGCGUCAAUUGUGAAGUCGGUAGCGGCUGCAACUUCUCAGGCAGCCGCAGUGUCAACUGUCCACGCAGGGGAUAUACACCGGGGGAAGCCUACGGCCGCCGCCGAGAGCUCUCUGCCCUCCGCGGGCGAGUCUCCUGAGAGAGCAGCUCCCAGGUACCACAGCCCUGCAGCCCCAGCUUUCACAGAGCAGCAGCAGCAGGCAGCAGAAAUCAAAGGCGUGUUUCACAGCUACUCAGCUGCUGGGCAGCGACAGGAAGAGGCACCAGGAGCAGCACGAGAAGAAAGCAGCAGCAGCAGCAGCUACAGAAGAAAGCACGGCUCUCCAAACGGAGACGGCAGGCAACUAGGACCCCUGCAGCCAGGUGGGAGCGAGUGGGAUGUGGACAUCCGGCCCCUGAGGCGCAGCCCUCCCAGAAGAAGCAGCAGGGAGCAGCUCAGCCCCGACACCUCGCCGGCAGUCGAGCCCUGGAGCCUCUUGAAGACAGACAGCGCCGUUCUUCAGGAGCGGCAGGAGGCCAGGGGGGUCCUGAAGGAGAGGCACCCCCAACGGGAGCUGUUUGAGUCUGAGAGUGUCCAAAAAUCCAGGGCAGCUGUCUCGGAGCUGCUGGAACCCAGUGCUUCCCUCAGAGUCGGCGCUGCAACAGCAAGGAGUGUCUCUCAGUCUUUCAAUGUGCUGCCCUCAAUACUGCAGCCUUCAGAGCUGAGCGAAGACGCAGGCAACAGCAUCAACUCAGAGCUCCCCUCUGCCAAGCAACACGAGCCUGACAGGAGUGAGGAGCUUUCCGACACCAUGACGACUAAACAGCUGUCCAUCAAAGAGAGGCUGGCUCUGCUAAAGAAGAGUGGGGAGGAAGACUGGAGAAACAGGAUCAACAAGAAGCAGGAUGUUGUCCGAGUGGCUGUUGCAGAGCAUCACGUGCAGCUUUGGGAGGUUGAGCAGAGCUUCAAAAAGAAGGAGGAAGGGGUGAUAAUUGACGGCAGUGCUGUCACUGAUCAGCUCUGGGAACCUGUCUAUGCUUCUACUUAUUCUCCUCCUCCUAUACCUACUGGCCAUAAAUGUCAGUAUGUUGUACCUUAUAACCAGGUCAGUCCUCCCAGCGUUAGGGAGUCCAGCCCCCUGCAGGCGGAUGAGCGUCACCCAUGGCGAUGGAAGAGAAUGGGAGAGGAGAUUGAAGCCCAAAUGACAAUUGAAGAGAGGAAGCAGCUAAUUUCUGCCCGGGAGGAGGCCUGGAAAACAAAGGGCAAGGGGGCAGCUAAUGACUCCACCCAGUUCACUGUUGCAGCACGGAUGGUCAAGAAAGGCUUGGCGUCCCCUUCUGCAAUAAGUCCAGUGGUGUCACCUGUCUCGACCAGACUGAAGAGCAAUGCAGCUGCUAUGUUGAAACCUCAGGAGGAAAUGGCGGAAACACCCGAAACAACAGCAAAUAUUGAAGCCAGACCAGAUAUCCACUUGGAAUCAGACAGAAAGCUUGAUAAACUGGAGUCUUUCUUGGGGCGACUCAACAACAAAGUGGCUAGCUCACAGGAGGCAACACUCUCGGUAACUGAGAAGACAGUGAAGGAAGUGAUGACAUUAGACGACGAAGUAUUCUCCAAAUUCUACCGUCAUCUAUCCGAUUUCCCCCAUAUGUCCAGCAGGAUUGAGAUUGAUGAUGAUUUUGAUGACAUCUUUGGUACUCAAGCACCAAAGCUAACCUCCGCCAUGGUAGAACAUAAGCGUGCAGUGAGGCCCAUGCGCAACGUCCAGUCCUCCAAAAACCCCCUGAAGCUGCUGGCUGCCCGGGAUGACAUCCGCCAUGAGUACACUGAGCAGCGGCUCAACGUUGCCUUCUUGGAAUCCAAGAGGAUGAAAGCGGAAAAAAUGAACAAGAAUUCAGGAUACUCUGAGGUGGCACUAGCUGGACUGGCAAGCAAAGAGAAUUUCAGCAGUGUCAGCCUUCGGAGUGUAAACAUCACCGAGCAGAUGUCCAACAACAGCGCUGUGCCCUACAAGAAACUCAUGCUGAUGCAGGUCAAAGGUAGGCGGCAUGUGCAGACAAGACUGGUUGAGCCACGAGCAUCAUCGCUGAACAGUGGAGAUUGUUUCCUGCUGGUGACACCUCAUCACUGCUUCAUUUGGAUAGGAGAGUUUGCCAACGUCAUUGAAAAAGCUAAAGCUUCAGAGCUUGCUACAUUCAUCCAGACUAAACGGGACCUGGGUUGUAGAGCAAACUAUGUCCAAAUCAUCGAGGAGGGAAUUAAUACUCACAGUCAUGCAGCAAGGGAGUUUUGGAAUCUUUUAGGAGGGCAGACCAAUUACCAGUCUGCUGGAAGUCCAGAGGAGGAUGAGCUGUAUGAAAGUGCAAUAGUUGAGACCAACUGUAUUUAUCGCCUUGUGGAUGACAAGCUGGUCCCUGACGAUGAUUACUGGGGGAAGGUGCCCCGUUGCACUCUGCUGGACUCCAAAGAGGUGCUGGUUUUCGACUUUGGCAGUGAGGUGUACGUGUGGCAUGGGAAGGAGGUCACACUGGCUCAGAGGAAGGUGGCGUUCCAGCUGGCAAAGUACCUCUGGAACGGCACCUUUGACUACACCAACUGCGACAUCAAUCCUCUGGACCCUGGAGAAUGCAACUCUCUCAUACCAAGGAAAGGGCAGGGGCGUCCUGACUGGGCCAUCUUUGGCAGACUUACAGAGCACAAUGAAACCACUUUAUUUAAGGAAAAGUUUUUGGACUGGACUGAUUCAAAAAAAGCACCACCAAAGAAUGGAAGUGAGCAAGUCAGUGAACAGAAGACCUGUGUAAAACUGCAAGGCGGGGCUGUUGUUGCAGUGGGGAAGAGGCAGAACCCAGAGCAGGUGCGAAGCGCCGCAGCAGGAAAAGAGAAGUGUGCCUACUUCUUCUGGCAGGGCCGCAACUCCACCGUGAGCGAGAAGGGCACGUCCGCACUGAUGACCGUGGAGCUGGAUGAGGAGAGGGGAGCUCAGGUCCAGGUGCAGCAGGGCAAAGAGCCCCCUUGUUUCCUGCAGUGCUUCAGCGGUGGGAUGAUUGUGCAUUCUGGGAAGAGGGAAGAGGAAGAAGAAAAUACGCAAAAUGACUGGCGGUUGUACUGUGUACGAGGAGAGAUCCCGGUGGAGGGUAAUUUGCUGGAGGUGGCGUGUCACUGUAGCAGCCUGCGUUCCCGGACAUCCAUGAUCCUCCUCAACAUAAACAGAGCCGUUAUCUAUCUUUGGCACGGAUGCAAGGCUCAGCCCCACACCAAGGAAGUGGGGAGGACUGCAGCCAACAAGAUAAAAGAACAAUGUCCGUUAGAAGCUGGGUUGCACAGUAGCAGUAAAGUGACCAUACACGAGUGUGACGAGGGGUCAGAGCCUGUUGGUUUCUGGGAAGCACUUGGAAGACGAGAUCGCAAAGCAUACGACUGCAUGUUGCAAGAUCCGGGUAAAUUCAACUUUACACCACGACUGUUCCAGUUGAGCAGCUCCUCGGGGGAGUUUGUUGCUACUGAGUUUUUUUACCCUGCCAGAGAGCCAGAGCUGGUGAACUCUCUGCCCUUUCUGCAGGAGGACCUCUACACUGCCCCACAACCAGCCCUGUUCCUGGUUGACAAUCAUCACGAAGUGUACCUGUGGCAGGGCUGGUGGCCCCAGGACAGCGAGAACACCGGCUCGGCCCGGAUCCGCUGGGAUGCCGACAGGAAGUGUGCUAUGGAGACUGUGCUGCAGUACUGCAGAGAAAAGAAAGAGAAGAAGCCCCCCAAAUCGUACCUGAUCCACGCAGGGCUGGAGCCCCUCACCUUCACGAACAUGUUCCCCAGCUGGGAGCACCGGGAGGAUAUCGCCGAGAUCACCGAGAGGGAGGCAGAGGUGUCCAAUCAGAUCAUCCUGGUGGAGGAUGUGCUGGCGCGCCUCUGUCAGACCACGUACCCCCUGGCUGAGCUGCAGGCCAGACCCCUCCCCGAGGGAGUGGACCCCCUCAAGCUGGAGAUCUACCUGUCCGACGAAGACUUUGAGGGUGUAGGGGCUUCUGGGAAGACUGCGUUAGAAUUGACGAGAGAGGAGUUUGAUGCACUGCCAGGCUGGAAGCAGGUGAACGUGAAGAAAGCCAAAGGCCUGUUUUAGGCAGAAUGCAGAUCUGAUGAGUGAUUGUACUGGACCUGCCACUGAGAUCACUUUAUUCACCCUUCGGACCAGCGGGCGCGAGGAGUCUCUCCCCACGCCCCUUGGAGAUCUAGGAAGAAAUGAAAUGAUCAAGGAUUCUGGUGUACUUGCCUGUUGUAGCGUUUUUUGUUUUCCCAAUAUUAUGUUUAGGAGAACCCUCAAUAUUAUUUCUUGAGUGGAUUUGUCAGGUUCAGAUCAGGCAAUGCUUUUGUAUGCAUAGUCCUUACAUGCACUUAAAAUAAGCAGCUGUCCCUAUGACGGUUGCAAAAUAUCACUUGGACACAUACUGCCUAUGAAUUUUGAUAUGGUUCUCUUCAUAAGGUGUUACUUUGUGUGUGUUUGUGCAUUAUACAGAAUCUAUAUUUAUAUAAACACCUUAGAGAAAAAAAUACAAUGUAUUCACUUUGAAGGGUUUGUGUCGUAUGUUGAUUAGGAAAAAAUGCUUGUAUUAAAAUGGAAAUACAUGCCACAUUCUUUUUUUUAUGCAUUCUGAAAUAUUUGCUGUUAUCAACAGGUAACACAUUGUGUCCUCUGUAAUCUUUCAGGUGCUAAGCUCAAAGAAAAUGUAUUUUUAAAGGCAUGGAAUUCAGAGAAAAGAAAUACAUUCUUUCUAUAUAAUUCAAACAAUGUAUAGUGCCUUGCUUUUGUGUACAGUUUAUAUACAGAAAGAUACUAGUCUGCAUUUUGAAGACUUUUUCUUUUGUGAUAAAGAAAAUUAGAAAAAUAAACACUUGAGAAAUGAAAAUAAAAAGCUUCUUUUUGGUUAUUGAAAUGCUAGAAUGUAUUGACUUGUGCAAAAUAUAUAAUUUAUUUAAAUAUUAGUCUCUGUGUUCAAAUAAAGGGAAAGAUAAUGGCAGAAAGAUUACAGUGAUCGCUGGUAUCUUUCCUGUAUGUGCAAAUAUUUUUGUCGACCUGCCUUCUUCGAAAGGCAAGAGAAGGAAGGACAUAAUUUAGUCUGUCACAUAUGUAACAGCAUUACUGUCUUAUUUAUUAUUGCUCUUUUUUAUUCUUAAUCACCAGGUUAAGGGGAGGCCUUACCAUGACCACAAUGUCUAUAGCACCAUUAGAAAAAUAUUUGUGUUGAAGUGAAUACCCAGCUACAGCCAGUUUUACAGCAAGUAAUCAUUCUGAACACUUUUAGAGGGUAAAAAUACCAUUCUUGACAUAACAUUAUGCUGUAUCUUAAGGUCAUUAUUAAAGGAUACAAUUACUUAACUUGAUAGCAUAACCAGAGGAGGAAGCUGUUUAAUGGAGUGUUUAUAAUAGUUGGGCGCCUUUAUGUGGGGGAAAAUACUUUAACAGCAGUUUAUCUUAGCUACAAUGACCAGUAAUUUAAAUGAUGAGCCAUUGAGAAGAAUUGUGGAAAAUGUAAUUCAAAUUAAAUUUGUUGAUAGGGUAGUUUAAAAUAAUCACAACCUGGUGCAGUGAAACCAAUAUUAUUAUUAACCAAUGCACUUUAUUGAGUUUGUUUUUUCUGAAUAAAAAUAAAGACUCCUAAAGAUGGUGGUAUUGCCAAUGUCUGGUAUUAUAAAUUAUUUCUCAAGUGGUUUCAGUUAGCAAUCUUGAUAAGACAAAUGUGGAUAUUACAUUGGAGUCUGAGUCUGCAUAGGCAGACUUGAUGUAAUAUACAGUACUUUGUUUCACCGGUAUAAAACCUACAUUUUGUAACAGCUGGAUCAUGGGAGCCUUAUUGGUUCACAUACUUUCAAAGGUUCACAUUGUAAACAUAAACCUAAAGCUUUAACUUUCACAUUUUUCUAUUAGAUUGUCAUUUUAAAAUAAUCCAACCUUUUUAUUACCCAGAAUUUCUUUUUUUUAAGAUGGUUUCUUAUUGAAAUCAUUUUAAAAUUCUGAUAGUCUUAAUUUUGUGUUCUGCUGUUCUAACCUCCUGGUGCUUGUCAUGUAUGCUUUUCUCCAGCAGGGGACGCUGCAAGCCUUGUAAUCACUGUGCUGUUUUCUGCAAGCAUUUCACUUUUGUUUUUGCCCAGUGCAUUGGCAGCAGCUGCAUCAUUCCUUUAUCUUACUGUUUGUGUAAGACGUGGUUUGAAAGAAAACUAGUGCAUCUACUGUAAAUUUUCUUAAGGAAAUGACCCUUCAAAAUGUAUCAACAUUGUUGCAUAUGUAUAUGUUCUUCUCUGUUCACACUCUGGUUACACUCUUCUCCAAAGAGUAUCAAUGUGUAUAAUUGUAGGGUUUUUUCCCAUUAAAUAACAUUAAUUUCAA